AUGUCUCACGGUGUCGAAAUUAUCACCACGCCUACGGGUGACACGGCCGGUACUACGCUCAUAUUUCGCACGUCAAGCAAACACUAUGUGUUUGGAAGUAUGGCAGAGGGCACACAGCGUGCCACGGUAGAACAGGGAGUCCGUCUGCUCAAGGCUCAGGACUUCUUCUUGACGGGAAAAGCCGAUUGGAAGAACAUGGGCGGAAUCAUGGGCAUGAUGCUCACACUAGCCGACUCGAGCACCUCCUCAUAUACCACUGCUAUGGAGAUAUUUCGCGAGGCUCAAAAGCGAGGCAAGAAGGGUGGGGGCCCACAGAAACCGCAUUUCGACAUCUACGGACCGCCCAACUUGAAGCAUAUGCUAGGCACUUGCCGGAGAUUCAUCUUCAGGAAGGGCUUGCCUAUCAACACGACCGAAUAUGGGAAUCAUGUGCAUGAGAAGGACGAGAAUGGUGCUAUAUUGCCGACCUGGCAGGACUCCAUGAUCAAAGUCUGGGCCCUUUCCGUGUCGCCCACCGUCUCUGAACACAAUGCGCAGGCGGAAGCUGAACUUGAGUCAAGACGGAGGCAUUUUGACACCAAACUCAACACAUUUGCGGGGUUCCAAGCUCCAGAGAAUGAGAGCCCGGAAGCGCGUGAAAAGCGGUAUGAUCAAAUACGGACAGCGACCAUUAAAUUCAUGUUCGAUUCGAAUUGGAGUUUUGACACACUUGUGGAACGACACAUUUCAGAGGUAGACAUGCCUGCUGCCAUGUUCAUCCGCGACCCAGCGACAAAAGGCUUUCAACCUUACCACGGCCCAAAGCCAGGCGGUUCAGAUCCUCUUCCUGACAUCACUGUUUGGACGCGGACACCAUGGCCGGGCGCCGGAAUCUUGGCUCUCCCGCCAACUAAACCUGCACCGGAAGCCAUCUCGUACAUUGUUAAAUCACACCCCGUCCGUGGCCAAUUUGAUGUCGCAAGCGCCAAAGCGCUGGGCGUCACUCCAGGACCGGACUAUGGGAAACUCACAAACGGGAUUCCGGUUAAGAAUGCAAAAGGAGAGUUGAUCCACCCAAACCAGGUCAUGGGACCCGACAGGCCCGGUCAGGGUAUCGCUAUUCUAGAUGUUCCCUCGGUCGCGUACGUCGAAAGUAUCGUGCGCAAAGAGGAGCUUAGUUCGCCAGAUGUCAUGACUGGAAUACGUGCCAUCGUUUGGAUGCUGGGCCCUGGUGUUGCAGGCCAUCCAGUUCUUACUGAAUUCAUGGAGAAACUGAGCGAUGUACAGCACUUCGUUUCGUCCGUAGAUACUGCCCCGAACCGUGUUUCGUUUAAUUCGGUCGCUGGCCAAGCUACACGACUGAACCUGAUUGAUCCUAAGAGGUACUCGACGCUCGUGUUUGACAGCACCGAAGUGCCGCAGAAGACUGUCCACAGGACCACUCCUGCAAGGACGUCAUCAUUACCACCAAAUAUCUUCGCUGCUGACCGAGGGUCUGCUCUACCAUCGAAAUAUCGCAAUGUCUCUGCUACAUUAGUGCGGGUACCGGGCGUUGGCAACUAUCUCCUUGAUUGCGGUGAGAACACUUUGGGACAAUUGUCGAGAGUGUUCUCCCACGAAGAGUUCGUUGACGUACUAAAGAAUCUGCGGAUGAUCUGGAUAAGUCACUUGCACGCCGACCAUCACUUGGGCACAGCAGCAGUAAUCAAAGCAUGGUAUCAGCUGGUACACAAUAGUGUCCCAAAUCCACAUACACUCGGUAACUCCACGGACGGCAUUGAUGUUAAAUCGUAUGGUCUCUCCGUCAUCUCACACAGAGGCAUGCUUCAAUGGCUCAAUGAGUACUCCUCCGUCGAGGACUUCGGAUAUAGCCGCAUUCUCCCCCUGCAACUCACGCCCAACGAAAAGGGAAAGAGCUCAACAUUAUCCGUCUUGAACUCUUUUGAAAAACUGGAAUCCGAGAACCCUAGCAUUCAUAGGCGGGAAUUCGAACAGCUGUUGGGUUUUGAAGACAUCCAAAGUGCCCAUGUAGCACAUUGCCACGGCUCCAUGGCUGUUACAUUCACGUUCCCACGAUCACCUUCAGACCCGGAAGACGUCAAGCCGCUCAAAGUCAGCUACUCGGGUGAUUGCAGACCGAGCUACCAUUUUGGUAGAGUUGGAGCGGAUACUACCGUUCUCAUCCACGAAGCUACCUUUGACGAUGAACUGAUAGGCGACGCAAAAGCGAAGAAACAUUCUACUACUUCUGAAGCUCUUGGUGUUGGUGAAAAGAUGAAUGCCAAAGCUGUCGUCCUUACGCACUUUAGCCAACGUUACCAGAAUAUCCCGGUCCUUCAACCUGUAGAAGACGAGCAAGCAGACAACUUACUCCCAGAGGAUGCCACGGAAGACGUUGUCGAUGACGAAGCUGAUGCUGACCCCACCACCGAGAACGCCGAUAAUAUGGACAUACACCCAGCUAAACCUUCAUUGCAACACCAACCUACUACUGGUGAGCGAGUGAUUAAGAUAAGGAACAAGGACAUGAAGGUCGCGAUCGCAUUUGACUACAUGCGCGUGAAAAUCGGGGAUAUAUGUGAGAUGGAAAAGUUCAACGAUGCGCUGAAUGCACUGCUCGUGACGGAGGAUGAGGAAGUGAAUGCAGAGGGCGAAGCGGAUGGCGCGGGUGCGAAUGCCAAUGGAAAGCGGGUGAGUGAGGACGACGGGGAUGGCAAAACCAACGGAAAGAAAAAGCAGAAGAAGCAAAAAGAGAAGAACAAGAGGAAUAAUUGA